AUGUUUACAUCUCUUCGUGGCUUGGCUGUUCUCUGCAUCGUGGCAGCUUCGUCUGUCAUUGCAAAGGGAUCAAUAGGAAUAAAGCAGGGUAAAGUAGCUGUCACUUCGUCUGACGGUUUGAACGAUGCUACUUAUACUCUGAAAGAACCUACACCUCUUCCUUCAGCUAUCUCAUUAACGGAAGGAUCAAUCUUCAAAUUAUCUUUCUCAGUGAUUGAUACUGCUUCUGGAGAAGGUCUAUACCCUCAACAAGCUCAUUUAUUGUUCGAAGAUCCCAAAGGUUCAGAUGUGACUCUACCAAUUACUGUAAAACCAAAUGGUAAAGCUCAGAUAACAAUUAACACGGCAAAACCACCUUCAGCUCUCUUACCUACUCAUGGUAACUUUCACCUUACUUUAUUACUAUCUUCGUUAAGCGCAUUAGAGCCACUUUCAUACCCUCUUGGAGAUCUCUCCUUACCUCCAUCAAUCCUUAAAUCCCUUCCUCGACACAGACACGAUCUACCUCCAAGGCAAGGUGAACCUGCUUUCAAGCCUGAACAGGAGAUCUAUCACACAUUCAAAGAAGAUCCAAAAACUGUGGGAUGGACUUUAUCUAUCAUUGGUACAAUAGUCACUUUAGCUCCUUGGACUGUAUUAGCUGGAUUACUUGGAAAGAUAUCUCCUUCGUUGAAUUUUCAAUCCCCUCCUACGUCAUCGUAUAUCUUUUUAACCGUUCUUGGUGCUAUAGAAGCUUUGAUCUUUGUGUAUUGGCUUAGGCUCAAGCUUUAUCACCUCUUACCUGCUUUCCUUGGAUUAUCACUCAUUGCAACAUACACCGGUAUUAUUGCUCUGAGAGAGUUGAGAGUCAGGAGAUUGAAAGUUGGAGGUGCGCCUUGA